AUUACCAUAAUCUUAAAACAACUCAUCAAAAUCUUCAAACAGAUCACCAAAAUUUUGAUCAAAAUUUUGAAAAAAAUUAUCAAGAAUCAAAGGCAUUAUUAAAUUUAAAAGAUAAAGAAAUUGAUCAUUUGAAAAAAGCCAAUGAAAAAUUAAAGAAAGAGGCUAUCAAAUAUCAAUCAGCUUUGGGUGAUGCAACAAGUUUUCAACUAGGAAGUCAAGAUUCCAAUAGUGCUGGUCAAUUAUCAAAAGACAUACGCAAUUUACAUAAAAAUUUAGAUAAAUUUUGUGGGUUGAAAAAAGGUAUUGAAAUUAAUGAGUCGGAAGUAAAAGAAUUAUUGAAAAAAUUUGGUUGUUCAAUCACCGAUAAGAUACGUAAUAGUAAAAACGUGAUUUCUGGCGCAUUAGAGCGUCACGUGAUCGAGUACAUCAUUGAAAAAACCAAAAAUUACCUCGAAAAGAAUGACAAUGAUGACAAAAAUGAUGACAAAAAUGAUGACGGGAAAUACAACAAAAAGGAUGACGAAAAACACAAGGAAAAUGAUGAUAAAAAAUGCAACAAAAAUAAUAGCGAAAAGGAUGCCGAAAAGGAUUACGAAACACAGCAACAAAGUUUGGAAAUACAAGAGCCUGUUGCCGAUUGGAAAUUUUUUGAAAAUAAAACAAGCAUCAAUACUAUUGUGAUGGAAGCACCUUGGGAUGAAAAUGAGCUUGAAGAUUUACAUGUUGAUAUUUGUGCAUUUCCAAUAAUUGGAUCUAAUCUUUGUGAAGCUGACAAAGUUGAUGAAAAUUUGAAAGUAAUCUUUCCAGCACAAGCCUGA